AUGCUGCUCAAGAGCCUUGCGCUGCUCCUUGGGGCUGCUGCUGCCAUCCAGGCACAAAAAUGUCCUUCACCAGGAGAAAUUGAAGCAAGCGGCAAAUCGCUAAUUAACGUCGUCGACUUUCGUUGGGUCAUCCGCGGGGAGAUCGGCCGCGCUACCCUCCAUCCGACUGGGCAACGUUUCGAUCAGUUCCAGACCAGAUUCGAGGAGCUGGUGAAAGUCGUCCGCAAAUCAUCCUUCAUUGUAGUGCUAUUAGAUGGCCCUGUUGGCUCCUUGAAAGAAAUGGCGAUGGCCGCAGCGCUCCGCGCCGUGGUCAUCAAAAGCACGGCUACAAGGCGAGACGAGUCCCCAGAGUUGGACGGUCUCGCUGUCGAGGUCGUCUACGAACAUCGACCAGUGCUUUUUUUGACGAAACCAGAGCUUCCAGAUGUAAAACUCUCAAAUCUGAUAUGGGACAUGAGAGACCGAGCAUCAAAGCUGAAGACGCGCCAGAAUGCUAUCUAUGUAAAGUCUGCUCCUGAAGCUGGCAUACACAAUUUUAAAAUUAGGGAGCGCGCUGAAUUGGGCAACAGGAUGAUUGCCAUCGGUGACUGGUCACUUAAUUCCGGUGAAAGCCCGGUACAGCUUGCUAGAUUUGUCACCAACGAGAGAUUUAUCGUGGUUGUUUUCGACACGAACGCACCUGAAGUCGUGACACGCCUUCGAUCCAGGGGCAUUAAAGUAUACGAAAUCAAAACAACAGACGAAGUCGACGAUGAGCUCGUUGUUAAAAUUCAACAAAUCCUUCUGCUUUCCGGCGCAGAAUAUCGCGUCUUGAUUCUUUGUGGGAGCCAGGCAAGUGAGGAGGUUGCAGGGCCUCUGCUCGCCAUGCUGUGGAUAGUUUACUCCAAAGGGAUCGACCCGUCUCGGAAGAUCACAACGGAGGAGCUGGCUCGAUUUUUCGUUACUCGACUACCGACGAAAUACGCAAAACAACAAUUGGGCAGGUUCCUAAAGCGCGUCAAGGAGAUGUACAGCACGGGAACGGGAGCUAGCGGUAACCGGCCUCGACCGCACCCGACACCUCAAAACAACUCAGGAAACCCCUCGGGCACUGUUGAGAAACUAAAAGCCAAGUUUGACGUCAAGGACCUGCCGGAAGCUGCAGAGCUUGACGUUACCAUCACGGGAGAGGGCGCGUAUGACGGCAUGAGCCAUGGCGACUACGACUACAUCGUCUAUUUCGCACCAUCCCAACACGCUCUGGUCGCCAAAGAUGGGGAAAUGGGGCUCAAGCACGUUUACCUUGAGCUUCAGUCGCCUCUCGAAUAUUGGACAGCAAACGCCAUUCAAACCAUCGGACACGUCCUUGGAGCGGGUAAGCGCGUGCUUGUCAUGGCCAAAAAAAAUGACGAGGCUCGACUGCUUGCCUUUAUGCUGGCAGAUGUAUUCUUGAGCAUAGAGAGCCCACCCAGACAACUUGGACUCGAGGACGCUACCGGCGUCGGGGACUCGUUGGGAAUACUGGACAGGUUUCACCAACUUACCAGUGGGCCGAACUCUUUCGAAAAACGUGCCCAAGAGGUUGGGCUUUCUGACCUUAAGCCCAUAAGCGUCGAUGAAUUCGGCUUCCUCACGAGGCUCAUCUCUGCCACUCCUCGUGACCAUACUAACCGCCAGGGUGUCAGAUUCCUCAAAGAGAACGGAUUCUUUGUUGUCCAGCUAGGACCCUUGGCUUGGCCAGUUUGUGCCGGCCCCGGCCCCGGCCACGGCCACGGCGGCGACGAAAUGGCCGACCUUGGGCUCGCAUUUGCCGACUUUGAGCUCGAACUGCCCCUAGAGGACAAGCAACGGGAGCUUCUUCGAAACGUUGUGGCGAGACUCAACCCCGCUACCGACGACGACAAAGUCCAAGGCGUAGCAGUGCUUUCAAAUGGUGACGACCAACAACUAGCGGCUUUUAAAGUCCUAGUCAUCGCCCAGCACCGCAUGCAGUGCUGCAACAAAGUCGUUACAGACGACGAGGCCGAGCAAUGGGGCAUGACGGACGAAUAUUUGCCGUUGCUGUACGAUUUGCAAAGCGAUUUCCGGUGGCGCAUGAAUCAAGCUGCACGAAACGCUGCCAAGUCAGUUUUUGUCACUUGA